GAAAUAAAUCCAAAUACCGGUUUUGUAACCCAACAAACAACCUUCAAUUCGCUCUAAUCCUCCACAAUAAAAUCCUAUUAGUUUAUUACAGUCACAUGUGCAAAAAAAAUCAAAGAUAAGAAACUUCCCCAAAACUGGCAGUGCUCCACAAUGGCAGGUAAACACCUCAACCUCCUCAAAACCCUCCCCCAGGCCUCAAUUUCAGUCAAACGCUACAAACGCCUCCUCCACACGCGCAUCCCCAUCACACGAUGGCUCCCUCUCUACACGCUCCCGACCCUCCUCCAAGACCUCCUGGCCGGGAUCACAGUCGGCAUGACGGAAAUCCCCCAAGGCAUCGCCUACGCGAUCGUAGCGGGACUUCCCCCAGAAUACGGACUCUACUCCGGCUUGAUCGACGGCUUCGUCUACGCCGUUUUCGGGGGCUGUAAGGACCUGAAUAUUGGCCCCACGUCAAUCCUCUCCCUCAUGCUGCAGCCCCACGUGGCCAAAAUGGGGCCCGACGCCUCCAUUUUGAUGACUUUCAUCUCCGGAAUUAUGAUUUUCUGUCUGGGAGUGAUGCAUUUGGGUUUCGUUAUUCAGUUUUUCUCGUAUCCGAUCAUAGCCGGCUUUAUUUGUGGGGGGUCGUUUCAGAUUGCGUCCUCGCAGCUUAAAAGCUUGUUCGGGAUUCCGGGGAAGAACGGGAAUUUUCUCGAGAGUUGGAAAAGUGUUUUUGAGAAUUUUUCGCAAGUUAGGAAAUGGGAUACGGUGUUGGGAGUCACGUCUAUUGUGGCCUUAGUGGCGUUGAAGGAAAUCCGUGUUUUUGGGAGCCUCCAAAGCCGCCCCGACUGGACCCCGCGCCGCAAUUUUCUCGGAAAACUCAUUUUCCUCCUCUCCCUCGGCCGCAACGCCCUCAUCGUAAUCAUCGGCACCCUGAUUUCCUACUACUUGUACGAGCAAAAACCCUUCAAAAUCACCGGCAACGUCAGCGGGGGAUUCCCCCCAUUCAGACCCCCGCCCUUCUCCACCAACUUCACCGGAACCGAGUCCACGUUCACCGCCAUGGUCCAAGGCUACGGCGUUUCGCUGAUUUUCAUCCCUUUGCUCUCAAUCCUCGAAGCUGUGUCCAUUGCCAAGGCGUUCAGUAAAGGCCGGAAAUUGGACGCCACGCAGGAAAUGCUAGCUUUGGGACUUUGUAACACGUUUGGGUCGUUUUUCGGGUCGAUGCCCGUGACCGGAUCCUUCACCCGGAGCGCCGUGAACAACGCCUCCGGGGUCCGGACCCCGCUAGCUGGGAUUUUUACCUCUUUGCUGCUGCUUGUGGCGAUUGCUUUUCUCACGCCUACUUUCUACUACGUGCCGAAGGCCACCCUUGCCAGUGUUAUAAUAGCAGCGAUGUUUUACUUGUUUGAUUUUGGGGCCUUUGCCCUGCUGUGGAGAACCAAAAAACUUGAUUUGGUCCCAUUUUUGGCCACGUUUCUCUGCAGUCUUUUGCUUGGGGUGGAUUAUGGGAUUUUAAUCGGGGCUUCGAUUAAUUUACUCUUCGUUUUGUAUGCAAGUGCACGUCCGAAAUUUACAAUAACUGAGGAGAAAGUUCUAAAUGAUGGAAGCAAGAUUUUUGUUAUUAUGCCGAGGGACACACUUUUUUUUCCUGCAGCUGAGUUUCUAAGGGACACGGUUUUAGAGUGUGACGGGAGCGACGUUACCGUUAUUAUUAACGGGAAAUAUAUUAGGAAUAUGGACACAACUGUGGCUAAGAGUAUUUCUGUGCUUGCACAUGAGCUCAGCUUGCGCAAACAUAAAGUCAUGUUUGUUAAUUUUAAAGAAUCGGUGAUGAAAAUCUGUAUUGGGGUUGAUAAGAAACUAGAGAAUUUCUUCUUCAGUGAAGAAUAUUACAAUAGUGUUACUAAAGAGACGUCUCACGAGUUAGAUUCAUCCAGACUGUGAUUAAGUGUUGCCAAUAAAAAAAUAAAAACACCAA